GCAGCUGAAGUGAGGCGUGUGAUCGCCCCCAUUCCGGCGCCUUUUUGCCCCGAGCGUGAGGCCGCCCACUGAGAAAUAAGAUAGUGGCCCCAUUUAGACCGAGUCUAUGCGCAAGUCCGCGGCUGGCACCCCCACGCCUGCCCUGCGCGGGAUGUGAUUUCCGCGCUUGCAUCGGUAUAUGGAAACCGAAGCAGCAAAGCUCCUCAUGGCGGGACUAAAUCAGCGACAUCGAAGAACAUGCUCACGAGCAUUUAAGAGGCAUGGCGGGCGGCUGUUGUUGUUUUGGACAACGACCUCGUUCUACAAUAUUUCUUUCACACUCUUUGUCCCGCGACGUAGCCAGUCUGUUUUUUUUUUUUUUUUUCGCUUCGCUCAAGCGGUUUGUUUAUAUGUACUAAUUGGCUGGGAUUGUUUUUCAUCUUGUACCACUGGCCCCAACUUCCGAGCAACAUUUGUAAAUUUCGGGCUUCGACUCUCUACACCUCACUGCUGUUCCUCGUUGCACCUCGGAAAAUUUUUUAAACGGGCCUCGAUCUCACUCUGUUAAAGGAACCCGCUCCCAGCUUUGUGCAGUUUCUUCUUCUGCCCUUCUCCACAUUAUUUUUCCUUCUUUUUUUUUUUAUAUUUUCUUUUCACAUUAUGUUCCAAGGACACAAAGAGCGGCAAGCCAAGCUGCUGCCGCUGUUUGCGCCCGAGCUGCGCGCCAUGCGGCUGGCGUUCGCCAA